UCUUCGAGGGUGAUUCGGUCGGCCGAACACAUCACGAUCGCCGAGGACUUCAGACUUUCGCACCGUCGCCGCCAUCGAACUGCCUACCCACCUCGAUCGCUGCUUGGUUUCAUCCGAUCGGAGGGGAAAGCGACGGAUGGGCGCUCCGGUGGUGUGGUUCCCGAUCGUGCCUCUGAUCCGCCUGACGGGCGCCGCGGCGGCGACUUUCGUCCUCAUCUGGGCCGUGCACUUCCGGGGGGGAUUGGCUCUCAUCUCCGACAACAAGGAUCUCAUCUUCAACACAUCUAGAUCCUCUCCCUCCCCAACAGCAGUGGUGCAAUUUGAAUCGCAUGAGAGCAGUAGAGUGAUGGCAGUGGCACCAACAAUGGGUUGGCAUAGAUUAGCUAUGUUAGCAUACAAGACGAUGCCAGGAACCAAGAGCUUCAAAAAGGCAGUGCAUCUAUCAAUUCAGUUCCUUGCUUUAUGUUUGGGCUUAAUUGGCACAUGGGCUGCUUUAAAGUUCCACAAUGACAAGGGCAUUGAUAACUUCUACAGUCUGCACUCAUGGUUGGGGCUUGCAUGUAUCCUGCUAUUUUCUAUCCAGUGGGGAAUGGGGUUUGCUACCUUCUGGUAUCCUGGUGGCUCAAGAAGUAGCAGAGCUUUCUUGCUUCCUUGGCAUGUAUUUUUCGGGGCAUACAUAUAUGCUCUUGCCGUGGUUACAGCGAUAACUGGCCUCUUGGAAAAGGCUACUUUUCUUCAGGCCAGCAAGACAAUAUUACGCUACUCGAAUGAGGCUUUCUUAAUCAACUCCUUAGGCAUUUUGCUCGUUCUUCUUGGGGGGCUUGUUAUUCUUGCACUCGUUACACCAGGAACUGCAAGAUCUGAUCUACAGAGAGGAAACUCUGAAUAGGGAAUUAUUCAUUUGUGCUGAUUAUUUUAUGGUAUUUUCAUCUGGAAUUGUGCUUGUUCAUCAUUAGCAUGAGCUUGUUUUGCACUGAAGCAGGUAGGCUGAAAUAUGUUUUUUUUUUUUUUUAAUCUGUGCACUGUAUAAUCAUUUUGCCCUGCUUAACAAUUAAUGUAUUUUUUUGCUAGUUUGAAAAUUUUGGAGUUUGAGGGCAGAAAUGCUUGUUUUUCCCUGUA